GGUCCAGCGGUCGUGAUGCCGAAGGUAAAAAGGUCCAGGGGAGGAGGGGGCGGCGGGGGGGAGCGGAGCGGCGGGGCAGUGGCUCUGGCCGACCAGAUCCUGCAGGCGGACACGGUCCGACCCCGAGACCGGGUGAAGAGCAGAGACACCCGGGCUGAGAACCAGGACGAGUACGUGGACGAGCGUCUGUCCAGGAAAAUUCUGCAGCAGGCCCGCAUCCAACAAGAGGAGCUCCAGACGGAGUAUGGGCUGGCGCCCGAGAAGAAGAAGGCUCCGGUCACUGUUCUGGGCCCAGACUCUCAGGAUGCAGACUCUGAUGAGGAGUGGCCAGCGUUGGGAGCAGCGGGCGCUGGUGAUGGCGAUGGCCACGCCGAGUAUGACGCUGAAAUUGUGGUCGACCCCGAAGAUGAGAAAGCCAUGGAGAUGUUCAUGAAUAAAAACCCUCCAGUGAGGCGGACGCUGGCAGACAUCAUCAUGGAGAAAAUCACAGAGAAGCAGACUGAGGUAGGAACGGUGAUGUCGGAGGUGUCGGGGUGUCCCAUGCCCCAGCUCGACCCCAGGGUUGUAGAGGUCUACAAAGGUGUAAAUAAGGUUUUGUCAAAAUAUCGCAGCGGCAAACUGCCGAAGGCUUUUAAGAUUAUUCCAGCUCUCUCGAACUGGGAGCAGGUUCUGUAUUUGACUGAGCCUGAAACAUGGACCGCAGCCGCCAUGUACCAAGCAACGAGAAUUUUCUCCUCUAACCUGAAAGAGCGAAUGGCCCAGAGGUUUUACAACUUGGUGCUGCUGCCUCGAAUCCGGGACGACAUCGCCGAGUACAAGAGGCUGAACUUUCACCUCUACAGCUCCCUGAAGAAGGCCCUGUUCAAACCAGGAGCGUGGUUCAAAGGUAUCCUGAUUCCCCUGUGCGAGUCGGGUACGUGCACUCUCAGGGAAGCCAUCAUCAUCGGGAGCAUUCUCACAAAGUGCUCCAUCCCCGUGCUCCACUCCAGCGCUGCAAUGCUUAAGUUGGCGGAGAUGGAGUAUAAUGGUGCCAACAGCAUUUUUCUGCGUCUGCUGCUCGACAAGAAGUACGCCCUGCCUUUCCGUGUUCUCGACGCCUUGGUGGCUCACUUCCUGUCCUUCCGCAGUGAAAAACGUGUGCUUCCUGUGCUGUGGCAUCAGAGUUUACUCACCCUGGCCCAGCGAUACAAGGCUGACCUGGCCUCCGAACAGAAGACGGCACUGCUGGAGCUGCUGAAGAUCCAAACACACCCGCAGAUUUCUGCAGAAAUCCGCAGGGAGCUGCAGAACUCCGAGUCGAGGGACGUGGAGAUCGGCCUCCCUGUUACAGUAGAGAUGGACUGAAACAGUUUGGUCUGGUCUGUCGUCUUUGUUCAUGUCUCAACAUGACAGUGUUUUGGUGAAUCUGGACUUCUGCUCGUCCCUUCCAAGGACAUUUGGAAAGAUCAAAGUAUCAGAGCUGUAUUUCUGUUUGAAUGGGUUUGCAUAUUGAAACAUACACAUCAUUAGCGAUGUAUGUGAUGCAUUUCCAUACCAUGAAUCCCCUAGCCGGGGUUACAGAAAAAUGUUUUUUGGGAAUACAAAGAUUUUUUUUUCCGUGAAAGAGCUGCAUUUCACGUGUGGAAGCAAAUAUUUGGAUUAAAAACAAGGAAAAUCUUUCAA